GAAGCAGCAUUAAAGCAUCAGAGCCUCAACAUGAAAGUCUUCCACACUUUUUUCUGUUUCCUCUUCAUCACACUGCAGGAUGGAAACGCUGGACUAUUCAGUGCAGAUGGUGGGAUCCACACAGGAAUGGAAGGAGAAAACAUCACAGUUACAUGUUCAUUUUCUGUCUCUGGACACACAAAGUUCUUCUGUAGGGAAACAUGUGAAGAAGGAAACAUUCUCAUUAAAACAACAAAGAACAAAGACCAGAAAAGCAGAUACAGCAUUGAAUAUAAAAGCAAAUCUUUUCCAUCACAUGAUAUUCUGUAUGUGAGCAUCAAACAGCUGAAGAAGUCUGACUCUGGUUGGUACAGAUGUGCUUUGGAAAGAUCUUUCCUUCGAGGUUCAUCCUGGGAUUUUCAGAUUGUUGUCACAGAAGCUUUGACCACUUCACAAUCAAAGUUGACUCUUCCAACUUUUCCACCGUCAACGUUUCUCCCAUCAUCCUCCACGGCAACAACACCAACAGAACAGAGUUUGAGCUCCACUUCAGGAAGAUCUGAACCUCCAUCAACCUCCUCUGAGGACACCAGGAAGCAGGACUCACCUUCAGAUCUGCAGCUUUACGUGGGUCUGAUUCUGGCCAUCAUGAUCUUCAUGUUAUCAACAGCUUUGAUGAUUUUCUGCAAGAAGAGAAGAUCCACCAAACCUAAAGUUCCUCCUGCAGAAACCAACUACGCCAAAGUCACAGAGUCCAGUCGAGUGUAUGAUGAGAUCAGAGAGGACAGAAAGAUCAGUUCUCCUCCUGUGGAAAUAUCUUCAAUUUACUGCAACGCCAAAUACACCAAACCAAACACAGCUGAAAACACAGAUGACUACAGCUUCGUCAGCUUUCCUCCAAACAAAGCUGAAGAUGACUCCAGUGAACUCGAUUACACUGAGGUGGAUUUUUCCAACGUUGCUGCCUCCUCUCUCAACAGCGCCCCCUGUGGUGAUGUAGAUAAUGUCCUCUACUCUCCUCUUCAGAUGAAUGUGAGAUCUGCCAACAACAUCAGAGAAGCUUCAGCUCCUCUGUACUCUACUGUUGCUCUACAUCAGUAGUGUCUUCAGAUUUCAGAACAAACUCCUUGGUGUCAUAACUUUGCCGGUGAAACUGUUGUUUAUUCUUCAAGGAUAAUUCUGGUUUCAUUUCCAUUAUUGUGUCUCGUUGGGUCAUGAUAACUUGACCCCCAGAACCACAGUAGACACAUUAACAGGAAACACAUCAGGCUGGAAUGAAUCAGCCUUUAAAUAUUUCAGUUAAAUACUAUCAUAGUACUUUUGUUAAAGCUUAUUAUUUUAUUAAAGGGUGAAGUGCUUCUUGCAAAGUUCACACUGUAAAGUUACUCAGGAUAUUUAUUGAAAUGAUCUGAAUCCCUGUAGAUGAUAAAAGAUGAGGAUUUAUAAAAACUUUUUAAUAUUUUCAAAUAUUUUAAUUAUAUUUUUAGAUAUAUUAAUGUGCUUGGAUAUUUAAUUCAUAUUUAAAUAAACAUAAAGUACAUUUAAUAUAUAUUUAAAUAUAUAUUUAAAAUCAACAACAGCUAGCCGUAAACUGCAUAAUUAUCCAACAGUAAUAAACCUCCUUCACCUCCAUCCCAACUGUUCAGACCAAAAACAACACAAGAAAAGCUGUAUUUUACAUGUUUUUAAUGAAAAUAAAUGACAUUGAAUUGAACAUUGGCAGUUUAAACAGUAUCUGGUCUUCAUGUUUUACAAAACAUUUUUUGAUAUAUUUUGAUCCACUUUUUUUCCUCUAGUUUUGCAGUGAAAGUGGAACUACUAGUUACUAUGAGACACCAUUAAAGGUCAACGUCGGGUUGCAAUAAAAAUAGUCACUCUUGUUGCGUCGCAACACGUCCAGAACCUUUUUAAAACUGUAUUUAAUCACUAAAUGUGUUCGAUAUAAAAGUGGCAACAAGAACAACAACAUAAAUAACAUUUCCACAUGUUUACAUUGUGAUGCUUCGACCACGUUGUCGGACAGAAAACAAA